CGGCUGGGCACGCAUAAAAGCGCAGCUGGGGCUCCGGUCCGCACUUCUCGGAUCCUCAGCACAGCCAAGAAGAUGACCGAGCGCCACGUGCCCUUCUCGCUGCUGCGGAGCCCCAGCUGGGAACCAUUCCGGGACUGGUACCCUAUCCACAGCCGCCUCUUCGAUCAAGCUUUCGGGGUGCCCCGGUUGCCCGAUGAGUGGUCACAGUGGUUCAGCGCCACUGGCUGGCCCGGCUACCUGCGCCCGCUGCCCGCCGCGACCGCCGAGGGCCCCGCGGCGGUGACCCUGGCCGCGCCCGCCUUCAGCCGAGCGCUCAACCGGCAGCUCAGCAGCGGCGUGUCGGAGAUCCGACAGACGGCCGAUCGCUGGCGCGUGUCCCUGGACGUCAACCACUUCGCUCCCGAGGAGCUCACAGUCAAGACCAAGGAAGGCGUGGUGGAGAUCACUGGUAAGCACGAAGAAAGGCAGGACGAACAUGGCUACAUCUCUCGGUGCUUCACCCGGAAAUACACGCUCCCUCCAGGUGUGGACCCCACCCUGGUGUCCUCUUCCCUGUCCCCUGAGGGCACACUUACUGUGGAGGCUCCGCUGCCCAAAGCAGUCACGCAAUCAGCGGAGAUCACCAUUCCAGUCACCUUCGAGGCCCGCGCCCAAAUUGGGGGCCCUGAAGCUGGGAAACCGGAACAGUCUGGAGCCAAGUAGAAAGCCAUCAGCCUGCUGCCCAUCCCCAAUAGCCAUCACUGGCCGUCCCUCUCUGUCAAUCUGUACGCUCUUUUGAUACAUGUACCUACUGUUUUUCUCAAAUAAAAGUUGCAAGCUACUGCUCAACA